AUGAAACAACACAAUAAAGAAAAAAACAAAAUACCUGUUGUUAAAAGACGAGGAUCUAUAAGUUCUUCAAUCUCCUCCGCCUAUACUUUUGCAUCAAGUCUAUCAAAUGAAACAAUUUCCGGAUGUCAAUUGUCAACUGUUUGGGAGUUUUUUAUACGAGGAAGAACCAAAUCUCCUGGACACUUUUCAGCCAUAUGUAAAUUUUGUCAAGCUAAAUGGACAAGAGGUGAACCAUUAAAACUCGAGGCACAUCUUGCAUUAAAUUGUUCUAAAGUGGAAGAUAAAGUUCAACAGGUGUACUUGCUUCAUGUAGCCCAACGUGAUGGACCUGAUAAAGAAUCUAAAAAACGAAAUUAA